CCUAUAGGAAGCCUUUUCUAACACCCUCUUACUGAGACACUCCCUGACUGCAGUAAGUCAAUAAAUCCAUCUUUGGUCAAUUACAGGUGUGUUCUUGGUGGUCUUUGGCUGAAGGGCAUUGACUUUGGUAUAAGUAACUCAGACUAGAUGAUGGUGCCAUUUCCUGAGAUGGGGAAAAUGAUCGUGAUCAGUGGUUAUGGUGACAAAUUCUGCUAGCCCUUUAGCAAGACUUUGUCUCUGGAUGUCCCAGAUAGAGCCUGGAAGUCUUGCCAGUCCCUCUCACAAGAGCUCUAAGGUUUUCCCUCAUCCUCCAUGCUGUUCCCUCUAAGGCAUCAUCAACUUCAUUUACAUUAAAACACAGAAGGAAUUACUAGCUGAUUUUUAACGUGUACUAUGUGCCAAGAAGUGUCCUAAGGGCUCUAGAUGUUUUAAUCCAUUUAAUUCUCCCAUCGGUCUUAUGAACAUAGGUACUACUGUUUUCAGGUUUUACUACUGAGAAAACUGAGGUACAGAGGUUCCAGAACUUGCUGAGUGAGGAUUCGAACCUGUAUCAUAUUCUAGGUUGGCCAGGGCCAUCCUCCAGCCCCGGAGACUCGGACAAGCAGCCAUCUUGUUUGUAGUCCUCAAGGACUUCAACUCCCGGCAGACCUUGCGUCAGCAGUUCUCCACACACAACAAAUCCCGGCGUGCCCCGGGCGGCUUGGAGUGGAGGGUUCUAGAAGGCGUGACGUGGGGUCGGGAGCGGGCUCAGAAGCGGGCGCCUCUUGGCAGUCGCUGUGGCAGCCGCUGCCGGGUCUGGGGCCGCGGGCAGCCGGGGCCGCGGGCGCAGCCUCCUCACCUCUCCGGCCAUGGCCGCGCUUGGCCGGCCUUUCAGCGGCCUCCCGCUGAGAGGCGGCUCGGACUUCCUACAGCCGCCACCGGCUUUCCCCGGCCGGGCCUUCCCGCCGGGGGCGGACGGCACCGAGCUGGCCCCGCGGUGGGAACCCCGCGCCGCCCCGAGCAGCCCGGGCGGGAGCGCGGCGCGCGGACGUGUUUCAGUUCACCAUAGAAAGAAACACAAGCGAGAGGAGGAGGAGGAUGAUUGUCCAGUAAGAAAGAAAAGGCUAACUGAAGCAGGGCUCUGUGCUGGUCCUAAUGACUGGAUUCUUUGUGCACAUCAGGAUAUAGAGGGUCAUGGAGUAAAUCCGUGCACUAGUGGCCUUUCUGCACCUGGCAUGUUAGAUGUUAUUUGUGAAGAGAUGGAUCAGACAACAGGAGAACCACAAUGUGAAGUUGCCCGAAGGAGGCUUCAGGAAAUUGAGGACAGAAUAAUUGACGAAGAUGAAGAAGUUGAAGCUGACAGAAAUAUUAACCAUCUUCCUAGCCUUGUCCUUUCUGAUACCAUGAAAACAGGUUUGAAGAGGGAAUUUGAUGAAGUCUUUACAAAGAAAAUGAUUGAGUCCAUGAGCCGUCCUUCCAUGGAGCUUGUGCUCUGGAAACCUCUCCCUGAACUCCUUUCUGAUAAGCCAAAGCUGUCAUCUAAUGCUAAGAACUACACAGGAGAGAGCCAAACUAAGCAUGCAGCUGCUGGCACUGCCUACCCUCAAAGAACUGAACUGUUCUUGGAACCUCGGCAAACAGGGUUGCCUGUUUACACUAGUUUGGAGACAGCUGCUUGCACGGAAGAAGAGAUGGAACUUUAGACACCAGUUUCUAUACUAAAGUUGUCAAAUUUUAGAAGGCUUAUGUGUUCAGUCAUGAGCCUGCUUGUACAGUAUAGGGACUUGAAAGUUUUGAAACGGGUGUAAUAGCUCCACCUGUGAUUUGGGGUGGGACUCUCAUUUUGGGUAGCCAUUUCUUGAAUUCAACUUUUGCCAAGGAAACUUGUCUCAAGAGAAAAGCAGUUUUCUAGGGGUCUUAUUAAAGGAAUAAGGAGUACAUUCUGCAAAGUCAAGUAUAGAAGCUAUAUGUGUAAGCAUGACUUUUAAGUCAUCUGUCACAUUGUUUAUAUCAUUCAGAUACUUGAGUUGAAAAAGAUGCAUUAAGAAAGUAGGAUGCUCUCCUACUAUGUGUACUUCGACAGUCGAGCCACAACUUCAUCUGUAGUUAUGAGCUCUGUUUACAGUGGUGACUAUAUAUGAUUGGGGAGAAGGAGAAAGGAGGCAGUAGUUUAAGCCUAUGCUGGGGAAAUUAACAGAGGCUCUGAAACCUGUAUAUUAGUUGUCAAUUCAUUGUAGCUAUAUUGAUUAGCCAGUAGCAUUGUGGCUCCCCUCUUUGCCUCUGAAAAUGGAAUGAAAAAUACAAAGAAAAGGUUUUUCCUUUGAGGCUCUUUUGCCUUGUGCUACUGUUGCUCCUUGGUUUCCCUUGCAUAAUUGAUAAGCCCAGCUAUUCAGUAAUGUUUACAGCUUAAUUAACUUUGAGUGAUAGUUUAAAAGGUUGUGAGGUAAACCAUGUGCGAAUUGGCUCUGGGAGAAGCAUCCCUCAGGUAAUACUGGGGCAGUGCUGUAUCAGCUAAGCCCAGCAUAUAACUUCUGUAGUUAAAAAAAAAAGUUGUGCCUGUAUAAGCAAGUUGAGUUUUUUAAUGUUAAUUUAGAAAACAGUGACUGAAUAAUUAGCUGAGCACAUAUGGGCAAGUGACAUUGAGAUUUACUGAAAUAGCCAGUUUCAACUAUGGUGCAGUAAGCCUAAAAGUUAGAGAAUAGCUUCCUGCUAGCAGGAAAUCUUCAUCUUGAGGACCUUAACCAGGCUCAAGGCGUCCUCUGAGGGUAACCAGGAUUGAAGUUUUUUAUUUCUCAGGAAGAGCUCUUCUGCGUGGCAAGGACUCAGUAGUACGAAGUAAAAUGACAAUUUCUUUAGUGCUACAGAAUAUCCACUAUAACUUAUUGAGUGUAAUACUAGCUCUUUUAUCAGACAAUGGGAGACCACCCCAGUUCUUUCUGUUUUGUUUUCUGGGUUUCUUUUGCCUUUGUUGGAAUCAGAUACCUUGUGUAGAAAACAUGGUUUAUGCCAAGUAGAGGUGACUUUAGGAGGCAGCUCCCAGGCAAUUUUGAAACCCAUGCCGAAGUCCCUCCCCUUUUUACAGAUGGCAUAGAAGUCACAAGUCUGUUAACUGGACUGUUUCUUCUCCUGCCUGUUGUUCCUGCUUUCUCUAUUUCUGUCUGGAUAGUCAGGAAAAGAUUUAAUGUUUAAUAUUUAAACAAAAUAUUUAAUGUCUACACAAUAAAAUUAUUCAAACUUCAAACCAGUAUUGAAACAGUUGGAAACCAGCUAAUAGUUUCUUAAUCUCAGAUUUAGAGAUGAAUGUAAACUGUAUUCUGUUGAAACAUGCAAGUGUUUGAUUCAUGCCGUUUAAAAAACUCCUGCCUCUAGGUAAUUGUUAAUGGGACCAACUUGUAAAGUUUGUAGCCUUAAACCUCCAUGCAUUUGUUCUGCUACAGCUCAAAAACAUGAAGUGACUGCCUGGAAUUUGGAGUUAGUCCCAGUGUUCAGGUGAAGGAGAGGUGACAGCUUUCCAAAGAAGGACCCAAGCACACUAACACUGUCUUCUAUAGGGAUUGUUGGGCAGGCCUGGGAUCCAGGUCUGUACAGUGAACAGGAGGAAAGAAGAGCUCUGAAACAAGGCUCAGAUACCACGGGUAUAUGUAGGAGAGAACUAAUAAGAUUCUGUUAAGAUCCAAGCAGAACUUGUUUCAGAAGUCAUUUUACCUGACAUGAUCAUUAUUUCUGUAGGAAACAUGGAUGUUCAAUGCUCCUUUUUAAACUUUAUCCUGCAUAUGUUUGUACAAAAAUUGUCGUCUUCAUCCAUGUGGUGCUUACUCAUCUGAGCCGUCUCCACAGUCCCCAUGCCUCUGCUUUGUUUUUCUUUUGUAGAGUAAGGCUUUUGCUUUUGCCUUAAGGUUUCCCUAUGGAAUUAACAGGUCUUCAUUUUGUACAGCUUUUGCAGCAUGGAUCAAACAUUGGCUUACUAUGCUAAUGUGUGAAGAGAAAAAAUUAUCUAAAGCAGGUGAGCUUUAAUGAACAAAUGUGUAUUUUCUCUGAGUUUGAUUAGGGUGUGUGUGGUUUUGUUUUUUUUUAUUUCAUAUGAAGAAAGUUAAGUGCGGUUCUCACAGAUAUUAAUCAAAUAAAAAUUGCUACUCAUUCUUGAAAAGGUGCAAAUGUAAAACUUUAAAAAUGAGUGGAAACUAGAACCAUGAGAAAAAUGUUCACCAGUGGGUUCAUUAAUUAUUUUGUAUCUGGAACUUGGUUUUGUUUUUUAAUAGUGAUAAGGAUGGUGGAGUACUUGGAAAGUUGUGGAAGAUGCUGUUAAUUUUACUUUAAAAUGAGAAUCUGGUGUUUUUGUAUUUUGUUUUCAAUAAAACUUAAGUGUUUUGGA